GGCACCACCUCCGCCGCUGCUGGACUGCAAAGGAGAGGCAGCUGCACGGCCGCCGGGCACCAUCUCCCCCUCUGCCCCAUCUGCCCCCACGGGAUCAAUCUUUUCACCUCCAGGAGCACUGUUGGUCCUGUUGUCGUCGCCAUCGCCAUCCACUACCUCCUCUACAGAUCAUCUAGGGUGAAUUCAUUGCCCAAUUCUCUGAUGGAGGGGUCGAACCUGAUUCACUUGAAGAGUAUGAGCUUCUUGUUGGCGAAGGAGACGGGUGCGUCAAUAUUGGACAAAGAAUUGAAACAAGUUGCUAAUGGGUUUGACUAUAAGGUCGGUACGUUCGAUAAUUACGACAUCAAUGGGUAUUGCUUCCGCACAAAUGGGAACGAGGAAUGUCGGGCCGUUCUAAAAAAAGAAACACCGGAGUGUCGGCUAUUUGCAAUGGAGUUGAGUAUUAUGGAAGAGUUGAUGAAAUAUAUGAACUGCAUUACUUUGGGGCAAAUCCUCCAAAAGUCGUCAUCUUCAAAUGCCAUUGGUUUGAUCCGGAGAAGGUUAGGCGAAGAGAUGAUAUUGGGCAAGUCAAAAUUCGACAAGACAGCAAAUAAGAAUGAGAAGAUGUCUAUAUUGUGGCUCAACAGGCGACACAGGUUGCCACACAGAUGCUCUUUGGACUAUGAUAUGGACAUGAAGACAUUUGUUGUAGUGCCAAAUAUUACAUACUGAUGCCUGCUUUGUUCAUUUGCUAUGGAACACAUUGUACUCUUGCUAUGGAAAACAUUGUACUCUUAUAUUUGGUAUGGACUAGCUCUCUAUGGGCAUUUGGUA